AUGUCAGACGAGUUGGGUGAAACAUGCGACCACUUUCUCAAAACUACGACGAUACUAUCGCAUCAAUACGGCAUUCCUCAGGUCCAGCGACAGCAAGAUUUCACGUCAUGGUCUCACAUUCAUAAUCUAGAGAAGCAGUACUACGCGGUGUAUCAGGAUCUAACCCACAAACUCAAUCACUUGAUGUACUUGACGAAAUUGAAGGAAGUUUCUAACCUUGAUGAUAUAUCACAUCAGAUUGACCAAAUCAAGCAAGCAAUGGAUAUUGAUGACUUGGAUGAACUAUAUCAGUUUAUCCAAUUGCAAAAUGAUGUAGUCAAGACCGAUUCUUUGCUUAAUCGCUUCUUGCUCAUGUCUCUGCCAAUAUUAAAAGCUAUUAAUCAAGCCAGUUUAAACACUUCAGAGAUGAAAAUACUAGAUCAUUUGGGAAUAUUGUACAAUGAAGGUGGACUUGUGUAUAAAGUGCAAGAAAUUGAAAACAAGAAUCGGGAUGAAGUUAGUCAACCAGAAAAGAACCCGUUUGAAUUAAUCUACACUGAUAUAAAGCCAUUGAUGGAUGAAGUUCAACAGUUGGAUGCUCAAUUCAAACAGUUACAGCUAAAGUACAUUUCCAACAAGGAAAACAAAGUUGAGGAAAACGAAGAAGCUCGCACUCGAUAUCAUGGGCUUGUACUGCGAUGGCACAAACUAGAUAGAUUAUGCCUACUUUUGAUCCUAUUGAUUACUAGUCUACCUUAUGCAUGGCUGACAGAUGAACUGUUGAUGACUAUGAUGCUUGACUUGAAUGACAUGCGUGAUAAAUUGGCCAAGUACCAGUCGGUAGUAAAUAAAGAUAAUAUAGACGACUUUACAAGUAGGGAGUUGCUAAGCUUGGAGUUUGAUUGA